AUGUACAACAGCCAUACCGAUAUUUGGGUCGCGGGUGCAUUCGCUGCAGUCGUGGUAGAUUUCAUAGUCUACCCGGUUGACACGCUCAAAACACGCAUUCAAUCACCAAACUACAACAAAGUGUUCAAAGAUGCUCAUACGGGCACGAUAAAGCGCAAUGUACUUUUCAAAGGUCUUUAUCAAGGCGUGUGGAGCGUGGUUUUUUCUACAAUCCCAUCAUCCGGGGCAUUCUUCACAACAUACGAAACAGUAAAAAGCGUGCUGUACAACUCAUCCACCAACACCAACAAACCGUCAACUCUCCAUUCAAUAACUCUGCCAUUCUCACACAACCUCCCAACACCAAUAAUCAAUGGCUUAGCAUCUUCAACCGCCGAAAUGGUCUCGUGUCUCAUCCUCACACCGGCAGAAGUGCUCAAACAAAAUGCGCAAAUGGUGACAGCAAAUUCAAACUAUCAUCAAAAUAAAAGUGCAAUGCUUCAAGUAUUUUGCCACUUCAGACACCAACCUUGGCGUCUUUGGACUGGGUAUACCGCACUAGUAGGCCGAAACCUGCCGACGACAGCUUUACAGUUUCCGCUUUUCGAAUACAUCCGCACGAGACUUACAGAGAAGUGGAAAAAUGAGAAGGGUACAGCUGUGCAGGCGCAAUCGCGCUCUGGUCAACUGAUUGAGUGUGCUGGGUUGACGGGGAUCUCGGCGGCCAUGUCGGGGAGUCUUGCCGCCAUUGUUACUACGCCUGUUGAUGUUAUAAAGACCAGGGUUAUGCUUACCGCCGGUGGGAAGGAUAAGAGGUCCAGCAGUGGUGCGUUCGCUGUUGGGAGGGAUAUCUUGAAGAACGAGGGAGUUAAAGGGUUGUUUUGCGGCGGUCUUAUUCGGGCUGGGUGGACGGCUGUUGCAUUGGGGUUGUAUCUUAGUUUGUAUGAAGGAGGUCGAUUGUACCUGGAGAAUAGGCGAAGAGAGAAAGAUGGUAUGAGGGGAUCUGGACGUGCUGGUGACGUUGAUGAAGACUUUUAG